CGUCAGCUCUUCUCUGACAGCAGAUACACUGAUCUCAAAGAUUUGUAUUCACCACAGUCUGCGACCCUUUUACAACUCAGAACUGAACGCAGAUGUUUGAGUUUGGAUCUUUGGAAGUUAAUACCACAACGACUCAUCCUUCAUAGAUUUCCAUUUGGUAAAUCGUGAUGACCACAAUUAAUGAUAUAUCGGAUGAAGACGCGGAUUCCUGAGGAGAUCUUUCGCUCUUUGUUUUGUCAUCCUCGACACAUGUGGCUCUAUAUAAUAUGUUUCAUGUGUUUGCGAACAACAGUGAGGUAGUUUGACUUUCAAGCUUUCUUGUGGACCUUUAUAUGCACGGGAUCUAUACGGUGGAUGCGGCGGUCGGAAAGACACGGGAGCGAUGAAAAUAUGAAGUCUCUCAGUUCUCGAAAGUGGAAUUCCGCCUGGAGCAUUUGGAUUAUUUACCCAGAGAUGAUUCUUGUUCCAAUUCUUUGGUUUCUAUCCCAAACUCGGGCGGCCCCAUCUAUUACAGCCGAGCAGAUGGAUAUGGGGGUGGAUUGGCUGAGGAAGUUUGGCUAUCUCCCACCCUCUGAUCCUGUGAAUGGGCAGCUUCAGACUAAAGAAGCACUGACCGAGGCCAUCAAAGCUAUGCAGAGGUUUGGAGCCCUGGAAGAAACUGGAGUUCUAGACCAAGCAACCUUGGGCUUAAUGAAGACCCCACGCUGCUCACUGCCAGACAUGUCAGAACCAGAGAUAUCUGCAGGCAGAAGAAAGCGAGCAUUGGCCCCUCAAACCAAAUGGAACAAGAGGCACCUUUCCUGGAGGGUGAGGACGUUUCCAAAGGAGUCAGCUCUGCUGGGCCGGGACACAGUGCGAGCGCUCAUGUACUACGCGCUGAAGGUGUGGAGUGACAUCGCCCCACUCAACUUCCAUGAGGUGGCUGGCAAUGAGGCAGACAUCCAGAUUGACUUUACCAAAGCGGACCACAAUGACGGCUACCCCUUUGAUGGACCCGGUGGCACAGUGGCCCACGCCUUUUUUCCCGGAGAGCGAUUCACAGCUGGUGACACACACUUUGACGAUGAGGAAGCCUGGACAUUCAGGUCACCAGAUUCCCACGGAAUGGAUCUGUUUGCAGUAGCAGUGCAUGAAUUCGGCCAUGCCAUAGGGCUCGCUCACACCUCUGCUAUUGAGUCCAUCAUGCGGCCUUACUACCAGGGGCCAGUGGGUGACCCGCUCAAGUACAGCCUCCCAUACGAGGACAAAGUUCGUGUCUGGCAGCUUUACGGUGUUCGGGACUCGGUAUCGCACACAGCGCAGCCAGACGACCCCUCUCAAACAGCUGAACCUCCUGUCCUGCUCGAUCUACCAGGAAACAGAUCCACAGUCCCACCAGCCCGUGACGCCCCUGACCGCUGCACCAGCCACUUUGAUGCUGUAGCUCAGAUUCGAGGGGAGGCCUUCUUUUUCAAAGGGAAGUAUUUCUGGCGUCUAACGCGUGAGAAGCACCUGGUGUCAUUAAGGCCAGCACAGAUUCAUCGUUUCUGGAGGGGUCUGCCUCCCAACCUGGACAGUGUGGAUGCUGUAUAUGAGAGGCCUGGAGACCAUAAGAUAGUCUUCUUUAAAGGAGGGAAAUAUUGGGUGUUCAAGGACAAUAAUGUAGAGGAGGGCUAUCCACGGCCCCUCAGUGACUUUGGCUUGCCCAUGGAAGGGGUGGAUGCAGUAUUUGUCUGGCUGCACAACGAGAAGACCUACUUCUUCAAGGACAACCGUUACUGGCGAUAUGAUGACCACCUGCGGCGCAUGGACCUCGGCUACCCGAAAGAUACGUCACUAUGGAAAGGAAUCCCACCUCAGUUAGAUGAUGCCAUGCGGUGGUCUGACAGUGCAUCAUAUUUCUUCAAGGGAAAGGAGUACUGGCGGGUGGCAGGCAGCGAUAUGGAGGUUGAAGCAGGUUAUCCACGGCCCAUCGGCAAAGACUGGCUUGUGUGCUCAGAAAUGCAGUCAGACUCCCCGGAGAUGCAGAACAACUCAAACACAAGACUCCACGGGCAGCACCACAAGGAUCAUGCAGAAAAUGGCUAUGAAGUGUGUUCCUGCACUUCGGACUCAGCCUCGCCGCUGGGGACGCGACUCACUCUCACGCCCACUUGGGUGUUAGCGCCACUCUGGACGCUCGCUCUCGCGCUGUCCUCUGCUCCUCUAUGAUAAGGGCAGAGCCACAGGCCUGUACUCAGACUCCAGGACUGGAACAUACAGCAGCCUGUGGAUGGAGAGAGCAAUGAGAAGCUCUGGAAAAACCUUUCGCCAGCUGGGACUGGUGGAAAGGCUUCAGCACUUCAAUAAAUGAAGGGAUUGGCUCACCUUUUUUCAUUUGUUUGAUUAUUUUGUUUUUCUUUUCAACUGGAAAUUCUGUAUUAUUAUUAUUAUUAUUAUUAUUAUCAUCAGGGCUGUCAAUUGCAAAAUAAAUCGCAUAAAUCAAUAUUUGUUGAGAAAAGCCACCAAAGGAAGAUAUUAGAAAGAUAUUCCAUUAUUGUGGCUGACGACUAAAGUAUUGAAGAUAGACAAUACAUAAAGUGGCUUUUAAAGGUCAAUUUAUUGUUUGAUUUAUUUCCAUUUCCGUUUUUUUUUUUUUUACUGUGGAUGGAUUUGUUUUGCCAGUGUGUUAUGCCUUGCUCUGUUUUUUUUAACAUUUCUUGCCAUGAACAUUGCUUUUUUUUAAGACACUGUGUAAAGUGAAAAAUAGUUCAACUUUAAAGAACUUGGCUUGAUACCAAAAACAUUCUUUGCAUUUAGGUUACUCUAAAAGCUUGAAUUGCUCUGAUGAUAGAACAGUAUCUUGUCACAUAAUUUACUGGCAGGUCAGGGGGCAUUAUAAAGGCCAAGUCUACACUAAUACAUUUAAGUUUGAAACCUCCCUUUCAGUUUCCUAACAUCAUCUUUUUCUAAAUGAUGCGUUUAUAGAGAGCGUUUCCGAAAUGUGAGGUGUAGCAAACUCAAUGCACAUUCAAACGAAAACAAAUGGACAAGGGACAUGUAUUAUUUUUAACGCAUUUAAAAAAUACAUUUAACAUGUUAAAUUGAUUAUUAUUAUUACUUGAAACAUUCAGAUUCAUUUUAAACUGUUUUGAGUUUAUUUCAAGAGAUUAAAUGCGCACGUUAUUAACCAGCAUUUCGAGGCAUUUCCAUUGAUGAAAGAUCCAGUAAUGAUCAUGAUGAUAAUAAAAGUAGUAAUAUCUCUAUUGGGAAGGUGGCAGAAAUCUCUUAAUUGGAGCUUCUUGCUGGCUGCAGAUUAGAGGCAUCAUAUGAGACCAUGAGUAACAACUUUAAAGGAAUCGUUCACCCAAGAAGAAACAUUCUCUCAUCAUUUAGUCACCUUCAUACCAUUCCAGAUGUGUAUGACAUUCUUUCUUCUGCUGAACACAAAUUACGAAUUUUAGGAGAAUAUUUCAGCUCUAUAGGUCCAUACUAUAAAUGUGAACAGUGACCAAAACUUUGAAGCUCCAAAAGGACAUAAAGGCAGCAUAAAAGUAAUCCAUACGACUCCAGUGUUUCAAUCCAUGCCUUCUGAAGAGAUAUAAGUGUGGGUGAGAAACGUAUCAAUAUUUAAGUCCUUUUUUACCAUCAAUCUUCACUUUCACAUUCUUCUUUUGUUUUUGGCAUUUACAUUCUCUGUGCAUAUCGCCACCUACUGGCAGGGAGGAGAAUUUGUUGUAAAAAAUAAUUUCAAUAUUGAUCUGUUUGAGUUCUGAAGAUAUGGAAUUAACCACUAGAGUCUUAUGGAUUGCUUUAACGCAGCCUCCAAAGUUGCACCACUUUAGCAGGCCACAUUUCAGUGCAAAUAAACUAUUGCUUUACACAUUGCAAAUUGCAUCCUUCACUUAUUUUGUGGCCAUGUUUGCGUUAUUACCUACCUGAGUUCUCCCCUUGGUGUCUUUUGCUUGGUCUGCCUUGUUCUAAGCAUUUACAGUUACUCAACUUUAAAACUGUCUGUAUUUAAAGACAACAGAUAUCGCAAUUUGUGAUACCACAAAUGUGAUCGCUCAUAGACAGUUACGACAGUUCAACUGACUGUAUGUUUGUUAUAAUCACCACUGCUAUUGUGUUCAUAAAGGGCAUGCAUGAUGCUGGUUUCACCAGAGCUAAAUACAUUUUACAGCUUUGUUUAUAUCACUAUAUUUUCUGUAUUUUAUCUCUCAUUACGGUCUUUCCAACUCACAUUAUUCAGUCAGAGAGCAGAGGACAUUUUGACAAAAACUUAAAUGGACUGGGAGGAUGUUUGACAUAUUCUGGGCUGCUGAGAGUGUACUCAGACCAUAUAUGGAAAGAAAUGCUUAUUUACUAUAUAUACAAAUAUAUACAUAUAUAUAUAUUUAAGGUAAAAAUCUUCUAUGGCAAUUGCAAAAAAACAAUGUUAAUUCUGAGCUGUCUUUUAUAAGGUGAAAUAUUUUUGUAGAAAAAUAAAGAGGAGUGAGCA